CUAGGCAAAAUCAAGUAUUCGGAGCGUGUCUACGAUGUUUGCAUGGAUUCAUUUGACGCUUUGCCGUUGGCGGCGUUGAUGAACCAGCAGUUCUUGUGCGUGCAUGGUGGGCUGUCUCCUGAGAUUCACACACUAGAUGAUAUUAAAAGGCUGGAUCGCUUCAAAGAGCCACCAGCCUUUGGCCCAAUGUGUGAUCUCUUGUGGUCAGAUCCUCUCGAGGAUUUCGGUAGCGAAAGGAACGCCGAACAGUUCAGCCAUAAUUCUGUUCGUGGUUGUUCCUAUUUCUAUAGUUACGCUGCAUGUUGUGACUUUCUCCAGCACAACAAUCUUUUGUCUAUAAUUCGCGCCCAUGAGGCUCAGGAUGCGGGGUAUCGAAUGUACCGAAAAUCGCAAGCGACGGGAUUUCCUUCACUCAUUACUAUAUUUAGUGCUCCAAAUUAUCUCGAUGUAUAUAACAACAAAGGCAAGUUUCAAUUUCCGCAUCCAUAUUGGCUGCCAAAUUUUAUGGAUGUGUUUACGUGGUCACUACCGUUUGUCGGCGAGAAAGUAACGGAGAUGCUCGUGCAUAUAUUAAAUAUAUGUUCGGACGACGAGUUAAUGGCUGAAGGAGACGAUACAUUUGAAGGUGCGCUUCCAAAAUUAGUUUUAGCAUGA